GGGCUGCUCCGCACCCUGCGCCUCCGGCAGAGAUUCCCGGGCCUGGUCCUGAGCCCGCUGGCUACCGCGUACGUCUCUCCGGCCGACAGGCACAUCAUUGCUCAGAGCGGAAUUGCAGUCAUAGAUUGCUCGUGGGCCAAACUGGAAGAAACUCCUUUUCAGAAAAUGAGGGGAAGUCACCUGCGGCUGCUGCCUUACUUGGUGGCUGCGAAUCCUGUGAACUACGGCCGGCCGUGGAAGCUGUCCUGCGUGGAAGCUUUUGCUGCAGCUUUCAGCAUCGUUGGAUUCACAGACCUAGCCACCAUUCUUCUACAGAAAUUUAAGUGGGGUAUGACAUUUAUUGACUUAAACAAAAACCUCUUGGAAAAAUACGCAGCCUGUCACUGCCAGGAGGAAGUGCUGAGCGUUGAAAAGGACUUUUUAGCCAGUGUCCAAGAAACAAAAGAAGAAGAAAUGGAUCCAUUUGAUGUUGACUCAGGAAGAGAAUUUUGUAAUCCCAACAGACCAAUCGCUCCCCCUGGCGUUUCCAGACUAGCACAAAGCAGCACAGACUCAGAGGACAGCAGGAGCACUCCGGAUGCCACCGAGAGCAGCGGCGAGAGCAGCCCGGAAGAUGAUGGUGCCGUGACGUUGCUGCAACAGCACCCAAGAAAUCAGCCAUCUGAGCAGUGA